AUGCCGUAUAAUUUGAAAGCAGCCUGCUUGCAACGCAAGUCCCGUGAACACGUCGAGUCGGGCUGCCAUGUCAUGUCCCAUGUGUACACUAUGGGCGUCGAUAAUGAUACGUUCCGCGAGGCAAUCCAGCCGAAUUCAAAACCGGACGUUGUUCCAAAGGCCAGCGGUAAACCGUCUUGGCCCCACCAUUCGAGACUCGUUCUUUUCAAGGUGACAAUAGUGCAGGACGGCCCCGUGAGAAUGGUCACCCAUUGCGCCGAAAUAACCGGGCUUCAUCCUCGUUAA